ACUCAAAUCGAAUUUAUAAAUUUAGUGAAGUUUUUUCUGCUAUAAACCAUCAUGGCUGCUGCAAGAGAGCCUCGUUGUACUGCAGGAAAUCGGAUGUCAAAGGUCAUGGAAGAAGAACUAGAUGAUGAUGACUUUUAUAAGACUACGUACGGAGGUUUUGAAGAGGAAAAAGAAGAUAAUGAUUUUGAGUCAGACCAAGAAGAUUCCGCAGAUGAAGUCGACUCAGAUUUUGAUAUCUCGGAAAACGAUGAAAUUGUCAGCGAUCAAGAUGAAGAAACUAUAAAACAAUCUGAGAAAAAACGAAAAAGAGGAGCGAACACAAAAGCUUAUAAAGAUCCCUCAAUUAAAAAAGCAAAAAAAGAUGAAAAAGAAAUAAGUAAAAGUGAUGAUAACAAGGAAGAAAAAGUUCCGAAAGAGGCGAAAAAAACUGAACCAACUGCCGUAAACAAUGACGGGCCAAGUCGUAAAUCAUCUCGUCGCGCCACGGCAGCAAAUUCCUAUUUAAUAAGCAUGAAAGUAAAAGAACGUAAAAUCGCAGACCAAAAGAAAAAAGAAACUGUGAAAAAACCAAUGGCUGGUGUGAGACGUUUGACUCAGGAAGAAUUAAUGCAAGAAGCGGAAAGAACAGAACGAAAAAACUUGAAAUCGCUGCACAACUAUCAACGUCUCGAAGCGAAUCGAAAAAAAUCGAGCACGAAAAAACGAACAUUUGCAGAACCAACAAUCAAAUACCUAUCGACAACAAUGCCAUCAGUGGACCCGGAUGAGCCAUCAAAAAUUUCGAGAGAUUUUAUAAUUUUCUCUGAACCUGAAGUUUUUAAAAAUGAAUUCCACUGGAAAAAACAGCCUCGAAUCAAUAAACCUAUUUGUCCAGUUACAAAUAAGCCUGCCAGAUAUAUAGACCCACUUACUAAUAUUCCUUAUUAUGACAUGGAUGCUUUUAAACUUAUUCGUGAAGCACAUACUUUAUCACUGGCAAAACGUGAUAAGGUAAAAUGAUUCUAUAAAUUUCUGGUUACACCGGAUGGUUACAUCUGGCAGCCUCAUUAUCUGUGGCCCGUGUCACAUUUGCUGGAGGUUAUUAAUCAAAAAUCGUAUUUGUCUAGUCAUAAAAAUAACCAGAAAAAUCUUUCGACAUAUUGUUGCAUCACUAAUGUCACUGAAUUGACUAAGAGUUAUGACGAUUUGCACAUUUUAGGGAGUUUUUUGAUGGUCUUUGCAUGUUUUAGCUUGAUAAAUGACAAAUAAUGAUCGAUGUGUUUGCACAAUAAAAGUGUUUGUUUUGUAUUGCACUGUUUGCAUAUUCUUGGCACUAUUGUGGCCCGCGAACAAUGCAAAAAUAAUUUUGUGGCCCCAGCAAAGUUUUCCGAUUCAAAAAGCAUUUCCAGGAACAUUCUUCUGUGGCAAGGUUACUAACUUACCAUAGUAAAAUGCUCAGAUGUUAUGACCUUGCUGCCCAUCAAAAAAUAAUUAACACUGUAUAAUGGUUUGGAUUAUUCACAUUAAAAGCAACAUGCGACCUAAUCAUGUAAAUUUUUUUGAUGAGUCAUUUUAAAAUUUAUACGCUGUCAUGGGUACUCCUGAAGUAUGCGCACCAAAAUGUCGCACGACCUGAACCCUAAUUUUGUACACAACCUGAGUUCAGGUUGUGCGCCAUCUUGGUGCGCAUACUUCAGGAGGUCCCUGCCAUGUUCACCUGAAGUCGAACUGUCGCUCCUUCAAAUUUUGUAAAAUUUAGUAUACACAACCUUAAUUUUGAUUCUACAUUUUUCCAAGCCUAAGCUAUGGUGCAGUUCUGUUUAUUUGUGAAAAAAUUUCCAAUUGCCUGAGAUCUUGAUUAUCUUUAUGUUUGUACCCUGGUCUCCUGGUAUGUUUUGUCAUUUAGGGUAGGAUUUACAUAUUUAUCCCAAGGGAGAGGAAAGCUGCUAAGACGACUUAAUCACAUAAACCACAGUCUGUCGUCCGGUUACAUAUCCAUGUCGGGUAUGGGAUUAAUUAACCAGUUAUUUGUUUCAGAUGCAUGGACUUGAUGUUGAAGGAAGCCUUAACCGACUAGUGGUUAUGUGAACCAGCCUAUGGCGGCGAGGAGUCUACCAAUCCUCUCACACAUAAUUAUCUCCAAUGGGAUUCGAACCUCCGAACACACUCAAGGUAAUCAGAGGGGCGGU